CAACAGUUUGAAAUGUAUAAGGAGCAGGUAAAGAAGAUGGGAGAAGAAUCGCAGCAGCAGCAGGAACAGAAGGGUGAUGCCCCCACCUGUGGGAUCUGCCACAAAACAAAGUUUGCUGAUGGGUGUGGCCAUAACUGUUCAUAUUGCCAAACAAAGUUCUGUGCUCGUUGUGGAGGUCGAGUUUCACUACGCUCAAACAAGGUUAUGUGGGUAUGUAAUUUGUGCCGAAAACAACAAGAAAUCCUCACUAAAUCAGGAGCCUGGUUUUAUAAUAGUGGAUCUAAUACACCACAGCAACCUGAUCAAAAGGUUCUUCGAGGACUGCGAAAUGAGGAGGCCCCUCAGGAGAAGAAAGCAAAACUACAUGAACAGGCCCAGUUCCAAGGACCCUCAGGUGACUUAACUGUACCUGCAGUGGAGAAAAGUCGAUCUCAUGGGCUCACAAGACAGGAUUCUAUUAAAAAUGGGUCAGGAUUGAAGCACCAAAUUGCCAGUGACAUAGCUACAGACAGGAAAAGAAGUCCAUCAGUGUCCAGAGAUCAGACUAGAAGAUACGACCAAAGGGAAGAAAGGGAGGAAUAUCCACAGUAUGCUACUUCAGAGAGUGCAAUGCCCAGGUCUCCAUCAGAUUAUGGUGACAGGCGACCACAGCGUGAACCUCAGUUUUAUGAAGAGUCUGAUCAUAUAAGUUAUAGGGACUCCAACAGGAGAAGUCACAGGCAUUCCAAAGAAUACAUUGAAGAUGAUGAAGAUGUGGAGAGCAGAGAUGAAUAUGAAAGACAAAGGAGAGAAGAGGAAUACCAGGCACGCUACAGAAGUGAUCCAAAUUUGGCCCGUUAUCCAGUAAAGCCACAGCCCUAUGAAGAACAAAUGCGUAUUCAUGCUGAAGUGUCUCGAGCAAGGCACGAGAGAAGGCACAGUGAUGUUUCUUUGGCGAAUGCUGAACUGGAAGAUUCUAGGAUUUCUAUGUUAAGGAUGGAAAGACCAUCAAGGCAAAGAUCUGUAUCAGAACGUAGAGCUGCCAUGGAAAAUCAGCGAUCUUAUUCAAUGGAAAGAACUCGAGAGACUCAGGGACCCAGUUCUUAUCCACAAAGGACCACAAACCAGAGUCCUCCCACCCCCCGGAGGAGUCCAAUACCCAUCGAUAGGCCGGACAUGAGACGCACUGACUCACUAAGGAAGCAACACCACUUAGAUCCUAGUUCUGCUGUAAGGAAAACAAAACGGGAAAAAAUGGAAACGAUGUUGAGGAAUGAUUCUCUAAGUUCAGACCAGUCAGAGUCAGUGAGACCUCCACCACCGAGGCCGCAUAAAUCAAAGAAAGGAGGUAAAAUGCGCCAGGUUUCAUUGAGCAGUUCAGAGGAGGAAUUAGCUUCCACACCUGAAUAUACAAGCUGUGAUGAUGUUGAGAUUGAAAGUGAGAGUGUAAGCGAAAAAGGAGACAUGGAUUACAACUGGUGGGACCACACGUCUUGGCAUAGCAGUGAGGCAUCCCCAAUGUCUUUGCAUCCUGUGACAUGGCAGCCAUCCAAAGAUGGAGAUCGUUUAAUUGGUCGUAUUUUAUUAAAUAAACGUUUAAAAGAUGGAAGUGUACCUCGAGAUUCAGGAGCAAUGCUUGGCUUGAAGGUUGUAGGAGGAAAGAUGACUGAAUCAGGUCGGCUCUGUGCAUUUAUUACCAAAGUUAAAAAGGGAAGUUUAGCUGAUACUGUAGGACAUCUUAGACCAGGUGAUGAGGUGUUAGAAUGGAAUGGAAGGCUAUUGCAAGGAGCCACAUUUGAGGAAGUAUAUAACAUCAUUCUGGAAUCUAAACCUGAGCCACAAGUGGAACUUGUUGUUUCAAGACCUAUUGGAGAUAUACCUCGAAUACCUGAUAGUACACAUGCACAAUUGGAGUCCAGUUCUAGCUCAUUUGAAUCUCAAAAAAUGGAUCGUCCUUCUAUUUCUGUUACCUCUCCCAUGAGUCCUGGCAUGUUGAGGGAUGUUCCACAGUUCUUAUCUGGACAACUUUCAAUAAAACUAUGGUUUGACAAGGUUGGUCACCAAUUAAUAGUUACAAUUUUGGGAGCAAAGGAUCUCCCUUCCAGGGAAGAUGGGAGGCCAAGAAAUCCUUAUGUUAAAAUUUACUUUCUUCCAGAUAGAAGUGAUAAAAAUAAGAGAAGAACUAAAACAGUAAAGAAAACAUUGGAACCCAAAUGGAACCAAACGUUCAUUUACUCUCCAGUGCACCGAAGGGAAUUUCGUGAACGAAUGUUGGAGAUUACUCUUUGGGAUCAAGCUAGAGUUCGAGAGGAAGAAAGUGAAUUCUUAGGAGAGAUUUUAAUUGAAUUAGAAACAGCAUUACUAGAUGAUGAGCCACACUGGUACAAACUCCAGACCCACGACGUCUCAUCAUUGCCUCUUCCCCACCCUUCUCCAUACAUGCCCCGGCGGCAGCUCCAUGGAGAGAGCCCAACACGGAGGUUGCAAAGGUCAAAGAGAAUAAGUGACAGUGAAGUGUCUGACUACGACUGUGAUGAUGGAAUUGGUGUAGUAUCAGAUUAUCGACAUAAUGGUCGAGAUCUUCAAAGUUCAACAUUAUCAGUACCAGAACAAGUAAUGUCAUCAAAUCAUUGUUCACCAUCAGGGUCUCCUCACCGAGCGGACGUAAUAGGAAGGACUAGAUCAUGGUCGCCCAGUGUCCCUCCUCCACAAAGUCGGAAUGUGGAACAGGGACUUCGGGGGACACGCUCCACUCCUGGACAUUAUAACACAAUUAGCCGAAUGGAUAGACAUCGUGUCAUGGAUGACCAUUAUUCUCCAGACAGAGACAGGGAUUGUGAAGCAGCAGAUAGACAGCCAUAUCACAGAUCCAGAUCAACAGAACAGCGGCCUCUUCUAGAGCGGACCACCACCCGCUCCAGAUCCACUGAGCGUCCUGACACAAACCUCAUGAGGUCGAUGCCUUCAUUAAUGACUGGAAGAUCUGCCCCUCCUUCACCUGCCUUAUCGAGGUCACAUCCUCGCACUGGGUCUGUCCAGACAAGCCCAUCAAGUACUCCAGUGGCAGGAAGAAGGGGUCGGCAGCUUCCGCAACUUCCACCAAAGGGAACAUUGGAGAGAAAAGAAGUGGACUCCACAAGGAGAAGACAUGCAGGUGCUAUGGAUAUAGAGGAGAGAAAUCGCCAAAUGAAAAUUAACAAAUACAAACAGGUAGCCGGAUCAGAUCCCAGACUGGAACAAGAUUACCAUUCAAAGUAUCGAUCAGGAUGGGAUCCUCAUAGAGGGGCAGAUAAUAUUUCCACUAAAUCUUCGGACAGUGAUGUAAGUGAUAUAUCUGCGGUUUCAAGGACUAGUAGUGCUUCUCGUUUCAGCAGCACAAGCUACAUGUCUGUCCAAUCAGAACGGCCAAGAGGAAACAAGAAAAUCAGUGUCUUUACAUCCAAAAUGCAAAGCAGACAAAUGGGCAUCUCAGGGAAGAACAUGACCAAAAGCACCAGCAUCAGCGGGGACAUGUGCUCGCUGGAGAAGAACGACGGCAGCCAGUCUGACACGGCGGUGGGCAUGUUGGGUACCAGCGGCAAAAAGCGGCACUCUAGCCUUGGGGCCAAAAUGGUAGCUAUUGUUGGUCUCUCCAGGAAAAGUCGGAGCGCCUCUCAGCUCAGCCAAACGGAAGCAGGAGGUAAAAAGCUGCGGAGCACUGUCCAGAGAAGUACAGAAACAGGCCUGGCUGUGGAAAUGAGAAACUGGAUGACACGACAGGCAAGCCGCGAAUCCACAGAUGGCAGCAUGAACAGCUACAGUUCAGAAGGAAAUCUGAUUUUUCCUGGUGUCCGCUUGGCCUCUGAUAGCCAAUUCAGUGAUUUCCUGGAUGGCCUUGGCCCGGCCCAGCUAGUUGGGCGCCAGACUCUGGCUACACCGGCAAUGGGUGACAUUCAAGUAGGAAUGAUGGACAAAAAGGGACAGUUGGAAGUUGAAAUCAUUCGGGCCCGUGGCCUUGUUGUAAAACCAGGUUCCAAGACACUGCCAGCACCAUACGUAAAGGUGUACCUACUCGAUAAUGGAGUCUGCAUAGCCAAAAAGAAAACAAAGGUGGCGAGAAAAACGCUGGAACCUCUUUACCAGCAGCUGUUAUCCUUUGAAGAGAGUCCCCACGGAAAAGUUUUACAGAUCAUCGUCUGGGGAGAUUAUGGCCGCAUGGAUCACAAAUCCUUCAUGGGCGUAGCCCAGAUACUCUUAGAUGAACUGGAACUCUCCAAUAUGGUGAUUGGAUGGUUCAAACUUUUCCCCCCUUCCUCCCUAGUAGAUCCAACGUUGGCCCCUCUUACAAGAAGAGCUUCCCAAUCAUCUCUGGAAAGUUCCACCGGACCUUCUUACUCUCGUUCAUAGCAGCUGUAAAACUGUUGUUCAUAGCAACCAGCGUUACAAAAAAACAAAAAACAAAAAACAAAACCCACAGGUCGCAAACCCUGGUAACACUGCAUGCUUAAUGUUGUGUCUUCUGGGCCUGUUUCUAGGGAUACAAAGCGAUCCUGUGUUCUCAGAGGAAGUUGCACACAUUGUGCCCUACAGAAGGCCCUCAGGUGAAAGAGCAGAGCUAUGAAGAACUAUCAGGUCUGGAGUUCAGUUGUACUCAAGUUUUGGUCCAAUCUGAAGCCAUGGAUUAAUCUCAAAGAAUCAGUCAGUUUCAUGCAACAAAAGCCCUUUUCAAUGGCACCUUUAUAUUUUUAUCGUUCCUUUUUUCUUCAUUUCUCUGAUCCCAAAGCCCUGUUAUGCCACAGAAAUGGAGCUAUACCGCCACUAAGCCAUGUAACAAGUCAAGGAGUGAAGUUCUGGGAAGCAUCAGGUCAAAAGCAAGAGACCAAAGAUGUGGUCUGGGCCAAGAGGUCAGCCCUCCUCUGGAUGAUGGCCAGGAGCGACCCCCUGAGUGACCAGCAGCGACUUCGAGCUCCAGCAGGCAUGUCACUCAUUAGUGCCAGGAUGUGUUGGAUGCUGAAAGACACAAUUCUGUGGCUAUACUGUACUGAAUGAAAUUCAAGAAACUUUUUUUGCAUGGACACAGAUUAGCUGAAUACUUAAAUUAUUUUCUUGGGGCUGCAACUUGCAAAAAAAAAUAAUAAAAUAAAAUAAAAAUCAGCCAUUUUCAACAAUUUAUAUUAUUUUUAAAAUUAACUUUCACUAGUGCAUGGUUUUAAAAAGGGGAGAGAAUGCAACAGGGUGAUACAAAGACACAUCAUGUUUAUUCUUUAAACUAACCAUGGUCUGUGUUUUGGCAGACAUUACAGAUGAAAAUACUUUCUAGAAGAUACGUAAAAUUCUCUUUAUGUGACAAAUAAGUAUAAUAUAUUCUGUUUAUUUCCAUGUUAAAUAUACAAAACUGAUGAAGUUCAAUAUGUACACAUUGUACACGUCUUCUUCAAUAUCUCAAUUUUUGUCUCCCCCCUCUUUUAACCUUUUAUUUUCUUUCUCCCUACCGGAGUGAACGUUAAACUAAAAAGUAACAAAUUUAGACCCCAUACUUGAGUCAGAACUGUGGAAGCUUCUGAAUUUAUGAAUUUCUCAAGGGAAAAAAAAAAUUAAGAGCUUUCUUUAUUUCAAGCAUGUUGGAAAGGAUUUUGCAACAUGGCUUGGGAGUACAUUAAAGCCAGUCAGCAUGUGUUUGAUAAAGAAGAUAUUUGAACUUUUGCAAUUUAUUGUAUAGUGCAUGGUAAUUUUAUUUUCACCAUCAAAGUUCAGUUUUAAAGGAAAAGCCCUAAAAUCAUGUGGACAUUGUAAUGUCCAAAAAAUUUAUUUUUAGCACCAGCAUUUAUUCAUACAGUGGUCGAAGUAUUAUUUCUAGAAGGUUUUAGGUUCUAUUUUUUAAUCAAUUAAAACAGUUUCUUUAGCCAAUUUCCAUUUACUGUGUGACUAGAAAACAAUGCUAAAAUUUUGGAGCUCUGAAACACAGGGCUGUUUAUUAAUUCAUUUUUCUGUAGCAAAAUUCAAUUUUUCACAAAUUAUAUUUCUAAAGAAUAUAGUAAACAUAAAUUUGCAACAGAUCAUUUUGAAGCUCCAAUUUUUAGGUGACUCCAAGAAAGUCAGUUUGCCUGUUACUAGUUCUUUGAUGCCAUCACCCAAAACCCACAUGUAUUCCCCAUGUCAAAUCCCUCCCUGCCUUUGGCUUUACAGACACUUAUUACCAUGGGGUGGUGCUGCAAGGCCAAAUUUCUUUUGAGUUCUCCCAUUUAGAAGAAAACUCACUGGUUAGUGUAAUAAACCAGCCACACACUCUGAUUCUUUACGUACAUGUUGUUACCACAUUCUUACAGGUUGAUUUUAUUUCUGCAUACCGUUUGUUUAAGUCAGGGCCAUGCACAAAAAUUGCAUUCUGUUUUGUUUUUGAUUGUGUUGUUUUCCACUUGAAGUUCAGUGCUGAUCGUUAAAAACUAUCAUGCUUGAUAUGGUGCAAAAGUUAAAAUGAGUAUCACUAAAAAUGCCUUCUCUUUAUGUGGUGCAAUAUGAAAUACACCGAGACUGUGUCUUGACGUUCUGCGAUCUCUGAUGGACCCAGGUAAAGUUAUUAGAAGAGUGAAUAAAACUUUAUUAAAAUAAUUUAGACACUUGUGUACCAGCAACAAAUUGACUUCCUAGACCUAUCCUGUCUUUACUCUCCCUUAGAAUAAACGUUUACCAUUUUCCUGAUACUAAGAUGCCGUCACAUAAUCUUUUGUGCAUAUUCCUAUAUAAAUUAUUUCUAAUUUUAAUAAGAAGGACAUGACUGUAUGGAAUAUUUGUACAUACUUGUCAUUAUGCAGUAUUUAUUUAAAGUUGGUGUGUUUUUUUUUCACAUGUCUGCACCUCAACUUGUGGUUUAGUCAUGUAAAUAGCACUAUUCCAGAGACCACUGCUGCCCUGUACAUAGUAUGUUUUAAAAGUAAAGGGAAUUCCAGUUGGGGGAAAAAAGAGGGGCAGAUUAGUCCUGUAAUGAACACCAACAAUGUAAAUCAAUUUCAUUCUGGUGAUGGUAUUUAACACUUUAAAUAAAACAUUUUCUUUACAGACAUCGUA